GUAAUAAAAUUUCCCCCGCCAAUUUCCAACUUUUCCCGAAAAGAGUAGUCACUAGUGAGAGGGAGAGAUGAGCGGAGGAGAGGAAACACUGGUUGAAGCGGCGUUGCGGGUUCUGAACACGGCUGACCCGGUGGAGAAGGCCAGUCUCGGCGAUGACGUCGCUAACAGGUGGCUCCAAGGUCUCAUUUCCCGCCCAUAUCAUCCUUCCCUAGAUCUCCCUGUACCUGACCGCCCCGCCAGGCUCACUAAUGUGAAGCUGGUGUCACCAAGUCUGAUGCCGAAGCUCGGGAAAGCUGGAAGCUUGCAGAGUAGACAGGCCAUUGUUCACAGUCUUGUUCACACUGAAAGCUGGGCUAUCGACUUGUCUUGGGAUAUAAUUGCUCGUUUUGGUAAGCAAGAGUCCAUGCCAAGAGAAUUUUUCACGGAUUUUGUUAAGGUGGCACAAGAUGAAGGCAGGCAUUUUUCCAUGCUUGCUGCGCGGCUUAAGGAGCUAGGCUCUUUCUAUGGAGCAUUACCUGCUCAUGAUGGUCUCUGGGAUUCCGCCAUGGCUACCUCCAAGGAUUUGUUGGCACGCUUGGCCAUUGAGCAUUGUGUUCAUGAGGCUAGGGGACUGGAUGUGAUGCCAACAACCAUCUCACGCUUCCGUAAUGGAGGUGAUAACGAGACGGCUGAUUUGUUGGAAACCGUGGUUUAUCCAGAAGAGAUAACCCACUGCGCUGCCGGGGUGAAAUGGUUCAAGUAUCUAUGCUUGAGGUCAAGAAAUCGGAAUUCGGGCGAUGACCUCCUCUUGUCACAAGUUGCUGCAGAGGAUGAUGAUGAUGACGAUGAAGUGGUUCAGAAAUUUCAUGAUACUGUGAAGGCACAUUUCAGAGGGCCAUUGAAGCCUCCUUUUAAUGCAGCUGCCAGAAAGGCUGCAGGGUUUGGGCCUCAAUGGUAUGAACCUCUUGCAGUGAAAGAUGUCUCUGGGCAGUGAAGUUUUUCAUAUUUGAACACCAAUCUAUUUCUUUUUGUUACGGUUUUACUACAUUGAAGAACUUCAAACAAUUUUAGAGAACCUCAUAUCUUAUAAUAUGAUAAUAAUCUAAUCCAGUCUUGAUUAGGCC